AUGAAGUUUUCACUUUGUCUAACUUUUUGUGUGGCGUUUUUGACGCUAGUUCGGACGGAAAGGCAAUGCAAAAAUGUCGAAGUUUGGAAUACCGUGACCGAUUACGAGGCGAAAUUAAGAGGGUGCACGGUUAUUCACGGUUAUUUAAAAAUGCAGUUAAUUGAAAACGCGACCGCCGCCGAUUACGAGCGCAUCUCGUUUCCGGAGCUGCUGGAGAUCAAGGGUUACCUCUUAUGCUAUCGCGUGUACGCGCUGGUCAGUCUGGGACAAUUGUUUCCGAACUUGACGGUAAUUAGAGGUAGCACGCUUUUCAUGGACUACUCUCUCGUAAUUUACGACAUGAUCAAUCUGAAGGAAAUUGGCUUACACAGUUUAGAGCACAUCGAACGGGGCUCGACGAGAAUAGAUAAGUGUCCGCAGCUGUGCUACGUCAAUACGGUCGACUGGUCUUCAAUUGGUGGCCCGAACCAUAGCUUGCACUACUUCAACACUAACGAGGAAAGAUGCGACUCAUGCCCUGAACGUUGUAAUGGUUUAUGCUGGAGUCAAGACCAUUGCCAAGUGACUAGCAAAGCCAACUGUCAUCCAGAAUGUAUCGGUUGUAAAGGACCCACGGACAAAGAUUGCAUUCUUUGUAAAUCACUAAUAGAUGGCGAUAAGUGCGUUCCAAAGUGCAAAAAACCCAAGAUCAUAUACCCAGAAUAUGGGAAAUGCAUUACCAAAAGCGAAUGCCAGAAAUUACCCCACGGUCCAUGGUGGUCGUUCAAAGAGGAAUGCGUCAAAUCGUGUCCAACUGGUUAUAACAAGCUUACCAAUCGCGAGGGGUGCGAAUUAUGUCUAAACUGUUCAAAGUACUGCGAUGGAAUCGAAAUUAACAGUAUCGCUUCGGCCGAAACGCUUACAGGGUGCACGCACGUUAACGGCCCCCUCUCCAUACGCGUCAACUCCAUGAACAUGGCGAACGAGUUGGAGAAAAGUUUAGGAUCGAUCAAAGAGAUCACUCACUACUUGAAAAUUUACAGAUCCUACGCGUUGACCUCCUUUGAGAGUUUGAGAAAUUUGAAAGUUAUCCACGGCCAACAGUUGUAUAACAACCGGCACGCUGUAGUUGUGUACGAAAAUCAGGAUCUGCACAAGCUGUGGCCAACGACGAGCUCGCCCAUUAAGAUAAAAAAUGGCACGCUGUUGUUUCACUACAAUUCCCAUUUGUGCCCGGCGGAAAUUGAGAAGUUCGCAAGGGGCAGCAACUUGAAAUACUCGACCUUUGACGUUUCGCCCUACUCCAACGGUGACAAGAGGGCAUGUAAUAAUAUCACCCUAAACGUGACAGUAAGCGAGUUAACAUCGUCAAGUGUGGUACUGGAAUGGGACGAAUACGCAACGAAUGGGAACACUUCGUUGAUUAUCGGCUAUUUAGUGUACUACAUCGAGGACAAUACGCAGAAUAUAACAAUUUUUGAUGAGCAAGAAGAGUGCGACAGAAACAACUGGUACAGCAAGUUCGUCUCUAACGCCUCGGUGAGCAUUGAUAACUUAAACGCGUUCUCCCACUACGCCUACUACAUCAAAACUUACGCGACCAUUCCAACUUCAAGUGGUCAAACAAGCAUAAUGUACUUCAAAACACUAACCGCGGAUCCAUCGAAGCCCUACAACUUGAAGGCAUCAUCCACAAGCAGCGAUAGCAUAACACUAACAUGGAACCCACCUCAAUUUCCCAACGGGAUACUAAGCCACUACUUGGUGAUUGCGUAUUUGGAAAGCGACGACCCGAGGUUCAUCUCGCGCAGAAACUACUGCGACUAUCCGCACAAAGCUCCGAGACCAAAGCUCGUAACGCCGACGCCCACUAUCGAAACGGCCGUAGAACCGUGCUGUAAAAAGAAGAACAAAUCAUCCGAAGAUACUGUCACCUCCAUUUGUUCAGUACUAAACCACCACGGCUGCAAGAAUUACAUGACUUACUCCAUUGACAACCAACUCACUAGAAUGUCAUCCGAUGAGAACCUCAACAUUAUGCUGAUAACCAAACACAACAUACUCAAACGAGAGGACCAACCUCAAAGCAUAAUUGAGGAAACUAUCGAAGAUCCAAAGGCGACAUCGUACACCAUCACUCAACUGAAAUUCUUUAGCAUUUACUUUAUCUUACUGAAGGCGUGUAACAAUAAGACCUUGUGCAGCGGAGGGGAGAUGACUUCGGAAAGGACCCUCAAGAAAGAUGACGCCGACGACAUACCUUCCGGGGUCUUGGUGCAAGUUAGCGGCAGAAACGUGGUCGUCGAGUGGCUCGAGCCUAAAGAUCCGAACUCUGUAAUAGUCGCCUACUACGUCGAGCACAGACGGCUGGACUUGGAGAACGCCGCCCCCAUCACCGAGUGCAUCACCGAGGAGGAGUACGCUUCAUUUCACUACCAGUACCAAAUCAAGGAUUUAUUUCCGGGAAAGUACGCGGUGAGAGUUAGGGCGGUGUCUUUGGCGGGCGAGGGGCGAUUUUGUCAGGCGCAGGAGUUCUACGUGUCCUUCGGCUCGGGCGUCGCGCUGACAGCUUCCUUGUUAACCGUGGCAUUCAUCGUGAUUAUCCUUGGGGUUUUGGGCUUUUGCUAUUAUUACUAUAGGAAAAAUAACAGCGUGGAUCGCUUACGUCUGCUGAGAAACGCGCACUCUGCGUACGCCGGUUCCAAUUUUAUUCUCGACGAAUGGGAGCUAAAACGGGAGGACGUGGAGAUUCAAAACGAACUUGGCCAGGGCACCUUCGGAAUGGUUUACAAUGGCAUCAUAAGGUCGAAGGAGCUGCCUUGCGCCGUCAAAACAGUGAAUAGCGACGCGGAUGAGCAGGACCGAACGUACUUCUUACACGAGGCGUCCGUUAUGAAAAGCUUCAGCAAAGCGUAUCACGUGGUCAAGCUCUUGGGAGUGGUGUCACGUGGAUCGCCCCCCUUAGUCGUGAUGGAGCUGAUGGAGCGCGGCGAUCUGAAAACCUUUCUGCGUCUCUCCAGGAACGGAAGUAGCAAUAUUACGUGCGCAGAAAUGUAUCGAAUGGCCGCUGAAAUAGCGGAUGGAAUGAUGUACCUGUCCGCCAAUAAGUUUGUGCAUCGAGACCUAGCAGCUCGCAAUUGCAUGGUGGCGGCGGACCACACAGUGAAGAUCGGCGACUUCGGAAUGGCCCGCGACGUGUACUACACCGACUACUAUAAGAAGCACACCGGCGGCUUGAUGCCCAUCAGGUGGAUGUCACCGGAAAGCUUGGCGGACGGCGUCUUUACCUCGGAAUCGGACGUUUGGAGCUACGGCGUGGUCCUAUGGGAAAUUGCGACGCUCGCCGAGCAGCCGUACCAAGGACUGGCGAACGAGCAGGUUUUUCAGUUCAUAACCUCACAGGGAACCUUGCAGCGCCCCGUCGAAUGUCCGGAUUUACUCUACGAUAUCAUGGAGGUUUGCUGGAAGUGGAAACCGAAGGACAGGCCCCUUUUUCAUGACAUAAUACGCAAGCUCGAGUCGCACAUUGGACAACACUUCAGAUUGGUGUCUUUCUUUCACAGCUUCGAGGGCGACCAGUACAUGAUGAAUUUGCAGGAGAGAACGUACAGUCAUCCCGCGUUGAUAAAUCAUUUGAAUAAGAGUGAUGGUGUCUAUUGGGAUAGUUGUUAUGAUGAUGUGGAUUUAAAUACAAGAUAAACUAGCA